AUGGGGCGAGUCACUACGAAAGCCAAUAGUUCCUCACACUUAUCUCUAUUGACAUUGACUGAGCAAGAAGAUUUAAUCCAAAGAGAACGUCAAAGACGACGAUUGAUAAGAUAUCAACAAGUACGACAAUUAAGUUCUGAAAAUGCUGCAAAAAUACGAGAACGUGUAAGGUUAGCAAAAGAAAAAAGAAUGGAGACACUGAAAAAACAUUUAACGGAUGCUAUUGUCCAUCGUAAUCACUUAGACUCUGGAAAGACUUCCCCAUCUGCCCAAGCUACUACUACUUUAAAGUCUAUGAAAACACCCCGGAAAUCACAGCUGCACCAGAUCACAAGUACUCAAAUAAAGUCUGCGAUACGUCGUCAUCGUGAAGCAAUAAAGAAAUUGCAUCAAGAACGUGAUAGAGAUCGUCGACGACAUGAGUUUAUACAGGAAAUGCGAAGAAAAGUAUGGGCAGAAGCGAAUGCAAAUCAACGAUCUAGAAGAAGAGGGAGCAAUAUUUAA